UUCGACUUGCAUCGACCCGUUGGAGGUUUGUCUGCACCGACAGACUGUCCAGGACACUGUGCAUAUCUUUCAGCACUCCAUCCCCACAGAGGGGAAGCCCAUCACCAACCAGAAAAACUCAGGGAGAUGUUGGAUCUUCUCGUGCCUCAAUGUCUUGCGGCUUCCCUUCAUGAAGAAAUUUAAUUUAGAGGAAUUUGAGUUUAGUCAGUCCUAUCUUUUUUUCUGGGACAAGAUUGAGCGCUGCUACUUUUUCCUCCACGCCUGCGUGGAGACGGCACAGAGGAAAGAGCCAGUGGACGGGCGUCUGGUCCAGUUCCUUCUCUCCAACCCAACUAAUGAUGGAGGGCAGUGGGACAUGCUGGUUAAUCUAAUUGAGAAGUAUGGCGUCAUUCCAAAGAAAUGCUUUCCAGAGUCCCACAGCUCGGAGGCCUCGCGCAGAAUGAACGACCUUCUCAACCACAAGCUGAGAGAAUACUGCUUGAGACUGAGGAACAUGGUGGCCAGCGACUCUUCAAAAGCUGAACUCUCUGAAGCGAUCGACAGCAUGAUAGAAGAG